GCGGCAGCCUGGCGGCGGCGGGCGACGAGGCCUGCGGCGGCCUGCGCGGCGUCCCGGCCGCCCUCGGCAACAACACGCACCAGUGCGUCUUCGACGAUCUCAGCGGCUCCGUGUCGCUCUCCUGGCUGGGAGACAGCACAGGAGUUAUCCUUGUCCUGACCACGUUCCAGGUGCCCCUGGUGAUCAUGAGUUUUGGACAGUCCAAACUCUACCGGAGCGAGGACUACGGGAAGACUUUCAAGGACAUCACCGACCUCAUCAAUAACACGUUCAUCCGGACCGAGUUCGGCAUGGCUAUCGGCCCGGAGAACUCGGGAAAGGUCAUUCUAACGGGCGACGUGUCCGGAGGGAGCCACGGUGGCAGGAUCUUCCGCUCGUCCGACUUUGCCAAGAACUUCAUGCAGACAGACCUGCCCUUCCACCCCUUGGUGCAGAUCCUGUACCACCCUCAAAACUCGGACUACCUGCUCGCCCUCAGCACUGACAACGGCCUCUGGGUGUCCAGGGACUUUGGGGAGAAGUGGGAGGAGAUCCACAAAGCCGUCUGCCUGGCCAAGUGGGGCGCUAAUGACACCAUCUUUUUCACCACCUACCUGAACAACUCUUGCAAAGCUGAUCUCGGGCUAUUGGAGCUAAAGAAAACCUCCGACUUCGGCAAAGCCUUCAAGGUCAUCGGCACCAAGAUCUACUCCUUCGGCCUGGGGGGGCGCUUCCUUUUCGCCUCCGUCAUGACAGAGAAGGGCAACACGAGGCGCAUUCACGUCUCGCUCGACCAAGGCAAAACCUGGAAUAUGGCCCAGCUGCCCUCCGUGGGCCACGAGCAGUUUUACUCCAUCCUGGCUGCCAACGAGGACCUGGUGUUCAUGCACGUGGAUGAACCAGGAGAUACAGGUUUUGGCACCAUCUACACCUCUGAUGACCGAGGCAUCGUGUACUCCAAGUCCUUGGAGCGGCACCUCUACACCACCACUGGCGGGGAAACAGACUUCACCAACGUCACCUCGCUGCGGGGCAUCUACAUCACCAGUGUCCUCUCAGAAGACAACUCCAUCCAGUCAGUGAUCACCUUUGACCGUGGCGGUGAGUGGGUACCGCUGAGGAAGCCAAAAAACACCACGUGUGACUCCACAGCAAAGAACAAGGAAGAGUGCAGCCUCCACAUCCACGCGUCCUACAGCAUCUCCCAGAAGCUGAACGUGCCCAUGGUGCCACUGUCCGAGCCCAACGCCGUCGGCAUCAUCAUCGCCCACGGGAGCGUCGGGGGGGCCAUUUCGGUGAUGAGCCCGGAUGUCUACAUCUCGGACGACGGGGGCUACACGUGGGCACGGAUGCUGGAGGGGCCGCAUUACUACGCCAUCCUGGACUCCGGCGGCCUCAUCGUAGCCAUCGAACACACCAGCCAGCCCAUCAACGUGAUCGAGUUCUCCACAGACGAAGGCCAGUGCUGGUAUAAGUACACCUUCUCCAAGGACCCCAUCUUCUUCACUGGCCUGGCGUCCGAGCCCGGAGCCAGGUCCAUGAACGUCAGCAUCUGGGGCUUUCGGGGCAACUUCCUAACCCGCAAGUGGGUCUCGUACACCAUCGACUUCAGCGAGCUGCUCAGCCGGACCUGCGAGGACAAGGACUACACCAUCUGGCUGGCUCACUCCAGCGAUCCCAGUGACCCCAGUGACGGCUGCAUCCUGGGCUACAAGGAGCAGUACCGGCGCCUCCGCAAGUCCUCAGUGUGCCAGAAUGGCCGGGACUACACGGUGACCAAGCAGCCAUCCAUCUGCCCCUGCACUCUGGAGGACUUCCUCUGCGAUUUUGGCUACUAUCGCCCGGAGAACCAGUCUGUCUGCGUGGAGCAGCCAGAGCUGAAGGGACACGACCUGGAGUUCUGCCUGUACGGCAGGCAGGAGCUGCUCAAGACCAGCGGGUACCGGAAGAUCCCAGGAGACAAGUGUUCAGGAGGGGAAAAUCCAAGCCGGAAAGAGACCGACCUGAAGAAGAAAUGCACCAGCAACUUCCUGAGCCCCAGCCAGCUGGCAGCGUCCUCCAGCUCCACUCCCAUCAUCCUGGCAGUCGUCGGCCUGCUGCUCGUCACCGCCGUGGCCGGGGUGCUCCUCAUCAAGAAAUACGUGUGCGGGGGCAGGUUCCUGGUUCAUCGCUACUCCGUGCUGCAGCAGCACGCGGAAGCCAACGGCGUGGAGGGCAUCGACGCGCUGGACCCCGUCACGCCGGCCGGUAAAGGCGGUUACCACGACGACUCGGACGAGGACCUCCUGGAGUAGCGGCACGGCCGCGCCGUGGCCCGGGGAUGUCGCAGCGCUGCCCGGCGCCUCCAGCCUCGCGAGCAGGCCCCUCCGCGCCGCCUGCCCCCCGUCUCGCGCCUCGCUGGCCUGCUCCUGGCCCGUCCGCCUCGGGCAGCACCGGCUCUGCCGCCCCGAGGGAGGCUUCGCUGCUGGGGUGGGGGGGGGACGCAGGCAGGAUUUUAACUUAACUCUAUUUUAAUGAUAUUUCUUUCCAGCCGUUGGGGGUGGGUGUUUGGUCUUUUUUUUUUUUUUUUUUUUGGGGGGGGGAGGGGGCGUUGUAUUUUUUUUAAGGACAACUAAAUAGGAACGUGGAAGGACCCUUCACUAAGUGCUAGAGUUACUAGAUGCAACUCCCCCGCGGGGAGCAGCGCCCCUAACCCCGCUCUAACAGGGGAAGCUCGCGGCGGCGUUCCGGCACCCAGGAGAGAGGCUUUCCUGCGGCCCCCCUUCCCCGCUGCUGCCCCCCCCGCCCCGUUUCUUCUCCAAAGCAAUACGAGCCGGGCUGCCGGCGCUGCUCGCCGCGCGGGGCAGGCACCCAGCCGUCCCCGUGGCCGGGGCCGAGGGAAAUGCAGCAAUAUUGGAUUCGAGCUUGAAGAUACCUUAACGAGAGGCCGGUGGGGCUCAGUCCCGAGCAGGAGCGGAGGCAGCCGGGGAGGAGCUGCAGAGACCGGCUGAGAGCAGCACCCUCCCUCCCCCCCCGCCCCCCCCAUGGCGGGUAGGUCCCUGUCGCCCUUUGCUGGCAGCUCCCCCCUCUUCUCUCCACUGCUUUGAACCUGCCAGGUUUUGGUCCCAGCACUGUUACAGUCUCCUUACACUGGAAAUCCCUGCGUGGGAGGCUGCUGCACCCGCUCUGCGGCCCUGCACCCUGCUCCCGGCCGCGGCUGGGGCCGUGCGCGGUGCCCUGCGCCGGGACGUGGGCGCAGCCGCCCUUGACGCCUCCCCGGCGCGACUCUGCCCCGCUCGAGCCCGGCGCGAUGUAGCUUGUGCUCUCGGCACGGCCAGCCGGGGGGCUGGUGGUGGUGGUGGUGAUGGUGGUGGUGGUGGGGAGUCUGCAGGACCCGUGGGAGGUGCAGGCAGAGCCCCUGCCCCUCCGGAGCUGUGCAAAAAACCCGCUUCCGUGCCGGCGCGGCGUUGCACGGCGCAGUGCGGCAUUGCACAGCGUGGCACGGCAUGGUGCACCGUCCCCUGCUCCUGGCGCGGCACCAGGCAGCUCGGGCCCUGGGGACAGAGCGUAACCCCCUAACGAAAAGCCAUAGCCCGGCUCCGCAGGACCGGCUGCGGCCAGGCCUGGCCCAGGGGAGGGCGACCGAGGCCUGUGUAGAGUCCUGUAAAUAAACCUGGAUGUGUUAUAACUUUGUACUGGUAUUUUUCUGUAUAUUUGCAAUGUUUGGGUUAGAAAUAAAGCCAAAAUGGACUUUG